UUGGUGAUUCCCACAUUAAAUAUUUUUUCUGCAUAUCAUGACGUGUCACAUUCAUAGGUAGACAAUAAAAUUGGAAAUUUUCCUUUUUUUUUUUUGUUCUUGUGAAGGAAUCUGGACCGCACGCCUCUCUCUAUAAGAUGCCUGCCCUUUCCCCUCAUUUCAAACAAUUUUACUACAAGUAUCUGAGCUUUCCUUUCUCUUCUGUCUAUCUCUUCCACUCCAGAAAGGCAAGGAGAAAUUAAACGCAGAAGAAAAUUUUAGAAUAACUUUAACAUGAAGAUGAGCACUAGUGCAGCAGCCAUGAGAGAGUCCAAGAAGAAGAUCUCAUGCAGAAGGCUUGGUGGAUACAUCAGGGAGCAGAAGGGGAGGCUAUACAUUAUCAGAAGAUGUGUGGUUAUGCUCCUUUGCUGGCAUGACUAAGAUCAUAUUCCAGCAGAAGCUAAGUAAACAAUUAAGCCAUGGUGAUCAAGGCUGUUGAGUCUUGUUGUAACACUUUUGAUCGUUGCUGCAAACUUGGAAGUGAAGGAUUCAUCAAUUUCAGGCUGUGAAGAUUGCAGCUAAUUUAAGCUCUCUUUUUCUUCUCUGCUUCUCAAAUUGUAAAUAGCAAACGAGAUGACAUCGACAUUUAAGGACUGAGUUACAGUUGCUUUUAGUUUUU